AUUUAAUUCAUUCUCCGCCGUUUCUUUUCGUACCCUUUCUUUUCCUCCUUUAACACUUUUUGGGUUUUUUCGUUCUUUGGUUUCAUAAUCAGUUACACUAAACACAAGUUCAGAUGAUCUUCCAUUCUAAGGGAAGAAAGUUAGAUGAGUUAUCAUUUGAAACUGAAGAGUGUUGCGGCAAAAAUAUGGCAGCAUCUACUACACCCACUGGUGCAAAAUCUAGUUCUGUAAAUGUAAUUCAUAUCAUUGACAGCGACGAUGAACCUGAUAUUUCUCACAAUAUUUCACUAGAUAGGCAAGGUAGUGGAAAGAUUUCACUUGCAACAUGUUUUGCCAAAGAAGAAGGAAAGAACUUGGACAACAAUCAUGCCCAAAACAAUAAAGAAAAGUUGGACUUUGGUGAAGAUAUCUUAUUUACUGCAAAUACCAAGAGGAAACGGCCUUGCAAUGUCGUUAUGAGCGAGUCAGAAAGUGAUCAGGAUGAUGAUGGUAUGAGCAACUCUGUAACUAGUGCUAAUUUAGAGGUUGACAAGGUCACCGACAGUCAAAUGCCAAGGCGUCGUCUACAGACUCUAAGGAAACUUGUAAGCAAAAAUCGGGAUAAUAAAAUGUCUUCAGUUAGACCUCAUAAGGUCAAGUAUCAGCAGAGUAUUCCAAAAAAUGAUGAUGAUGACCUAGGAGUGGAUUUGUCAUAUAGUGAGGAAGAUAACCUUAGUGAUUUUAUUGUUGAUGAUGUUGAUGCAUCUGAUUGUGAAGACAUAUCUGAUAAGUCACAGGAAGAGUCUAAUAGUGAUUUGGAUGCUAAUUCGAGUAGCUCACAAGAUUUACAAGAUAACAACAAGGAUACUUAUGUGCAAGAUGCAUCUGACAGGCAGGGUAGUGGAAAUAUUUCUCUGUCAACAUGUACUGUAGCAGAAAGGGGAGAAGACUCUAAGUCCAAUUAUGCUCAAAAGAGUGAGGAAAAUUCUGAUUUAGGCGAAGAUUACUCAUGUACUGUAGUUCCGAAAAGGAAACAGGCUCGUAAUGUUGUUCUAAGUGAAUCUGAAAAUGACGACGAGGAUGAUGAUUUGCCAAUUAGUAAACUUAUAAGGAAGCAUGUUGAGGAAGUCAGUGUUGACGAUUUAGUAAAUGCUGUUGAUGAUGCUGCUGCUGAUAUUGACGAUGAUGAUGAUGAUGAUGAUGAUAUGCCGAUUAGUCAGGUUAUAAGAAAGAAGAAAGCAAGUAGGCGCCGUCUAAAGCGUCUCACGAAAUGUGUAAGCAAAAGUAAUGAUGAUAAAACAUCUUUGUGUUUUCCAACAAAUAAUGAUGCUCAUGAUGAUGAUGAUGAUGAUGAAGAAUUAGAAGAAGACAUAUCAAACAGUGAGGGAGAAAACUUGAGUGGUUUUAUUGUUGAUGACUCCGAUGUAUCAGAAAUCAACUCUAACAAGUCACAAGAUGAAUGUAACGGUGAUGCGGACUCUGAUGAUUCGAAUAUAUCGCAAGAUUUACCAGAUCAUAGUAAGGAUUCCGAUUCACAAGACGUAUCGGAUGGGGAAAUAGACCUUGUUAAGAUAUUAUCCAAAAUUAAGAGGGAAAAAGGGCAGAAAAUUAAGUGGGAAGAUGAACAUGACAUGCUAAAAGAAUUUGGAAACGAUGCAGUGUUAUGUAUGAAGGCUGUCUGCGUUCUUUAUCGACAGGAAGUGUUAGGGGAUCAGAGGUACGAGGAAACAUUUGGCCGUGACGGGCGUGGAUUUAGCAGGCAUGAUACUGCCAGAGGCUGUGCUUUGGGAAGGUUCCUCACUGAUGACAGUCCUUAUGAUGGUCUAAAGAAAACUGUGGAGGAGUUGGAAGAAUAUAAUCCCGAAGGAGUUAAAACUUGCGGAACACUUGCUUUUAAAUACUCAAAACAAAUAUUUGAGAUUUUCAAGAACAAAGAGGAUCCAAAUUUCUGUUGACUAGCAUGGCAACAGGUUCCUUCUCAAAAUGUUAAGAAAUGGAAUCAUGCGUAUUAAUUUUAGCAAACAUUAGCACAUUAGUAACUGAAUCGUGUACAUAUUCCGUCCCGUCUUGAAUAUAAACAAAACGGUACAUAUAUUUGGUUCAAAUUUAGACCAAAUAUAUGUACCUUUUUACUUAUAUUUAAGAUCGGAGGGAGUAUACUCUUUUGUAUAUGCAUGAGUAUUUUGAAGUUAUUAGGUCUGCUGUGGCAAACUGUUGAUUGUAUUUAUUAUAUCAAUCAACAGCGAUAUGUAGCUUAUGCCUUUGGUCUUGUGCUUUAUGUCUAUGUCUUAAUCCAUAGCCUUUCUAUUCUGCAGCAUGCUUUCCUACUCUAUAAUCCUUUGUAUUCAGUAACUUAGAUUCACUGUUGUAUUGGACCAGCGUGACACAAGCCUAAUGAUUGAAGAAAAUCUAGAAGCUUCUAGUAGCUUGUUAGUUACUGUUGACCGUUGAGAA